ACUAUUUGACUUAUAUUUCUUACAUCUUACUCAAUGAGGAAUAAAAUAUAUUUUCAUUGUUUUAUCGACAUAAAUGUAUAUCGAUGGCGAAUUUCCUGUGACUGAUAUCAUCGUCCCGUUCUACGGGACGGCUCCAUGAUGAGAGCGUGCUGCAGCAAGUCAACGCUGCCUAAAUAUUGAGUCACGGGCUAUUUCUGUAGCCACGCCUCGGGGCCAUAAGCCUGUGACAUCAAGCGGCACUCGCCUUUCAACUUGUGGCCCUAUAAGACCCUUCCCAAUCAUACAGACAUGUAAAUUUGAUCCGAGCCAAGAGUACUUGAACAUGAGUGAACGAGUACUUUGCUAUUUACAUACAUACCAUUAUACUUUAAUACAUCCAUGUAGCACUCAUUUUAAAUAAACAGACGAUUGGAGAUCUAACUUAUCAAAUAUUAAUGUCGAAUUUAUGACAGUGGAGAAAAGACAAAAAAAUAUUAAGGUACGGCUGUCUCUAAUGCGCCACAUGAUUUGCUCGAUUCUAUUCUGCAAUUUCCAAUGAUUUCCAUCAUAAAGCGUGUCACAUACAGGAAGAUUGCAAUUGACCUUGUCCGAUUUACUGUCGAUAUCGGAAGUUGUACUUUACCUAUAUCCGAAACUCAUUUAGCACACAAAAAAUACACAAGAAAAAAAUAGAACGUUAAGUAUACGAGAGAUCGAUUCUUGCAACGACGUCGCGUUACGUUGUAACGAAUUACGCAAUGGAUAUUCGAUAUCGUGAUGCAAAUCACGGCGGUGACGAUACCUAUGCCCCUUCACACAUUUGCGGACGCAAGGACGAGAGCUGAAAUAGCGAUGGCGAACAAAGAGCGGAAAUCUCUCGGUCGAGCCGUGACAAACGGAUCCGUUUUGCACCAGCCUAAAAACAGAUUGCACCGGACCUUCAGAGGAGGAUAUGCGGCCACUCAUGGACCUGCUCGUCCGGAUGCUGCUGCUGCUGCUGAUCCUAUCACUCCUCCUGGCGGGCCCUUCGCAGGCAUCUGAUGCGACGGUGGAAUGCCCAUCAGCAUGCAUGUGCAUCGUACCCGGUACCGUGCGAUGCAUGUUCCAAAGACUGGACCAAGUACCACCGGUACCUGUCAACACCACUGUCUUGGAUCUCCGAUUUAACCACAUCGCGGAGGUGCGCCAGGGGACGUUUCACGGAUAUAACACGCUACGCACGUUACUGCUGAACGACAACCGAAUCCGCGAGCUGCCGGCGGGCGCGUUCGAGGGUGCGCCUCAUCUACGAGCGCUCUAUUUGUACAGAAAUCGCAUCGAGCACAUCGAACCGGGCGCGUUCGCGCAAUUGCCAUGGCUCCAGCAGUUGUACCUGCAGAACAACCGUCUGCGGAACAUUCAACCGGGCACAUUCACUCACCUGCCGGCGCUUCAACGUCUGUUUCUGCAUGACAACAAGCUGCACCGGUUGCCCCACGAAGCGUUCGGCCACGUCGAAGAGAUGACACGACUGCGCCUCGACAACAACGCGCUCAUCUGCGACUGCAAUCUCCACUGGCUGGUGGAACGUAUGCGGGAGAAGCCGAUGGAGAUAGCGGCGGUUUGCCAAUCCCCGCAUAAGAUGAAGGGUCGCUCUCUCACCACAAUGUCGCCCGAAGAUUUUCAUUGCACAAAACCGCGCAUAAUAGAAGAACCGAAAGAUGCACAAGUGCGAUAUGGCGAGACGAUGGUGUUCACGUGUCGAGUAACGGGCGACCCGACACCGAAAAUCAAGUGGAUGAAAGAAAAGAAUGUUUCGCAUUUGGAUGUAGAGGAUGACAGUGGGAAGACGGUGAUCCACGAAGACGGCGUGAAAUAUAUCAUUCACGAGGACGGCACUCUAGUGAUCAAAGGCACAACCGUGGAGGAUACCGGGAUGUACGAAUGCGUGGCUAGUAGCGACAUGGGCUCCACCAGAUCCAGGAGGGCCGUAGCGGCGGUCGUGGCGGUACACAAUCCUUCGCCCGUUCACGAGCUUUCCGAGAAACCGGUAUCGCGAAACUUGACCGCUGGCACGGACGUGAUUCUCGGUUGCCCAGCGCAGAACGGACUCUGGGUCCGCUGGUUUCGAAAUGGUCUACCAAUUUCCUUCGGCGGCAGAAUUUCACACAGAGACGAAGAAGGCGAUGUCCUGCGCAUCUUUGCAGUCAAGGAGAGCGACGCGGGCAGAUACGAGUGCCGCGUUGGUAGAGACAGCCACAUGGAGCAUUUCUUUACGGAUUUAUAUGUCGCUUCGAUUGAUUCGUCAUUCCGCGAUUCAUUCACCGAACCCCGAUUGAUCAUCAAGCCCCAGGAUAUAGAAGCGGAAUCAGACGCUACGGUGGAGAUACCUUGUCGAGCCGAGGGCAUACCGCGCCCGGUGAUACAAUGGAAGAAGGACGGUAGCGCGAUCGAGAACAAUAGGGUCAAAAUCACGCGCGGUGGGAGUCUUCUUAUCUAUAAUGUAAGCCCGCAGGAUACCGGCAGAUACGAGUGCUCGGCCAAAAACGAUUACGGCCGUGCGAGUGCCAGUGCUCUGGUGCGCGUUCGGCAAUCGGGCGCAACGGACACGCUUGUCGUACGAGCUUUCCAAGAUGCCACCGAGGAAAUCGAUCGUGCCAUUAAUAAAACACUAGAGUCUCUCUUCAGCACCGAUGGUUCACCUAGACAUGUGAAUCCGUAUCGACUGACGCGGUUUCCGGACGCAAUCGGACGCGCAGCCGCCAGACCCGCCGAGCUCUUCGAAAGGACCCUUGUCAACAUCCGGCGAAUGAUAAACGCCGGCGCCAAGGCGAACGUGAGCAGUGAAUUUCGUUACGAGGAGAUACUGACAUCUGAACAGGUGAAGGAAAUCGAACGAUUAUCUGGAUGUACCGGUCAUAGGCAUCGGCAGAACUGCACCAAUCGAUGCUAUCACAACAAAUAUCGUACCGUAGACGGCAGCUGCAACAAUCUGCGCCAUCCCACUUGGGGUUCGUCCCACACGGGAUUCCGCAGAAUACUGCAGCCUAUUUACGAGAAUGGUUUCUCGAUGCCGGUCGGCUGGGAAAAGGGACGACUUUAUUACGGCUAUCCGAAGCCUGCCGCGCGGCUGGUGUCGACCACGCUGAUAUCCACGCAUGACAUUACGUCGGAUGAUCGGAUUACCCAUAUGGUAAUGCAGUGGGGCCAGUUUCUGGAUCACGAUCUCGAUCACGCGCUGCCGUCGGUGUCGAGCGAGUCAUGGGACGGGCUCGACUGCAAAAAGUCCUGCGACAACGCCGCGCCUUGCUUUCCGAUGGAAGUGCCACCGGGUGAUCCGCGUAUCAGUAAUCGACGAUGCAUCGACUUUGUGCGAACCAGCGCCGUAUGUGGUUCCGGCGCAACUAGCAUUUUAUGGGGGGAUGGCUUGACCCCGCGGGAGCAGCUGAAUCAGCUAACCAGUUAUCUGGACGCAUCGCAAGUCUACGGUUACGACGACGAGUUAGCGCGCGAUCUGCGCGACCUUACCACAGAUCGUGGACUGCUACGCGAAGGUUCCACGUUCCCCGGUCACAAGCCUCUGCUACCGUAUGCGUCCGGUCAAUUCGUCGACUGCCGCAGGAACCCGCUGGAGAGCUCGAUCAACUGCUUUGUGGCCGGUGAUAUUCGCGCAAACGAGCAAGUCGGUCUGCUGGCCAUGCACACGAUAUGGUUGCGCGAGCAUAAUCGUGUCGCACGCGCGUUACGCGAGAUAAAUCCGCAUUGGAACGGCGAAAAGCUGUACCAAGAAGCCAGACGCGUCGUCGGCGCUGAAAUGCAACACAUUACGUAUCAACACUGGCUCCCACGAAUAUUCCAAAGUUCGGACAUUCUCCGAUUUCUACCGCAUUACCGAGGCUACGAUCCGAACGUCGAUGCCAGUAUAUCCAAUGUUUUUGCCACUGCAGCACUGCGUUUCGGUCAUUCGCUUAUUCAGCCGCGUCUUCAGCGCUUAGAUGCUUCCUUCCAGUCGAUUUCUCAAGGUCCUCUUGAUCUGCGAAACGCCUUUUUCGCGCCCUGGCGAUUGGUGGAGGAAGGUGGCGUCGAUCCGCUGAUCCGUGGUAUGUUCGCCACCGCGGCAAAGCUAAAACUACCCGAACAGAAUCUCAAUGUUGAGCUCACCGAACAGCUGUUCCGCACCGCGCACGCAGUUGCGCUGGAUCUGGCAGCGAUGAACAUUCAACGGGGUAGAGAUCACGGCUUACCUGGCUACUUAAAAUGGCGUGAUUUUUGCAACAUGUCACAUGUGGAAACAUUCGAGCAUUUAGCUCACGAGAUCAGCAGCGGCCGAGUGCGACAGAAGCUGCGCGAGCUGUACGGUCAUCCGGGCAACAUGGACGUGUGGGUCGGCGGUAUUCUGGAGGACCAAUUGCCGGGCGCGAAGGUUGGACCGCUGUUCGCAUGCCUCCUGUUGGAGCAAUUCCGGCGCACCCGGGAUGGCGAUCGAUUUUGGUACGAGAAUCCUGGCAUCUUCCGCGCGGAGCAACUCGCGCAGAUCAAGGAAGUGUCGCUUGCCAGAAUCUUGUGCGAUAACGGCGAUAACAUCACUCGCGUGCAACCCAAUGUGUUCCUGCUGCCCGAGGAUAAUAACGGCUAUGUUAGUUGCGACGAUAUUCCCUAUGUAGAUUUAAGCGUGUGGUCCGACUGCUGUGACAAUUGUGAGGAUCGCGACAAUAGUAUCUCUCGUGUGCGAAGAGAAGCACAGAAAUAUUUUGCGCCUAAUCGCGACUACUCGAAGAUCACGAAAUCGUUAAACUGUAAUGAAAAGAUAGAACAUUUGCAAAAGAUGCUUGAAGAAAGCGAUCGAGAGACUAAGAGACUGCGAAAGCAGGCUGACAACUUGUCACAUAGUAUAAAAGAACUAAAGUCGUUAUUAGAAGAUAUUAGGACACAAUAGAAGAAUAAAUUGCAUACCAUCUUUGGAUCGUUUUCUCUCUGCUUUCUCUCCGCUACAGAUAGUUGCGCUUGCUUUCUUCUCCAAUAUAUUUUAUAUUCUUCAUGCCAUUUAUUGUUGUAAAUAAAAAUACUUGCAAGCAAUAUUGUAAACGUUAGCCAUUAUUUCUCUUAGAGCAAUGCUGCUAUUAUUAUACGUAUACAUUGCAACAAAGCUUAAAGAAUUUUUGUAAUAACA